CUUGAGCCUGGAACCAUGGACUCUGUUCGCUCUGGACCUUUUGGUCAGAUAUUCUGGCCAGACAACUUUGUUUUUGGCCAGUCCGGGGCAGGAAACAAUUGGGCCAAAGGCCACUAUACGGAGGGGGCAGAGCUGGUGGAUUCAGUCUUGGAUGUGCGCAAAGAGGCAGAGAGCUGUGAUUGCCUGCAAGGCUUCCAGCUGACCCACUCACUUGGUGGAGGCACAGGCUCAGGGAUGGGCACCCUGCUCAUCAGCAAGAUCCGAGAAGAGUACCCUGACCGCAUCAUGAAUACCUUUAGUGUGGUUCCAUCACCCAAAGUCUCAGACACCGUGGUUGAGCCCUAUAAUGCCACACUCUCUGUCCACCAGUUAGUAGAAAACACAAAUGAAACCUACUGCAUUGAUAAUGAAGCACUCUAUGAUAUCUGCUUCCGAACCCUCAAGCUGACCAUGCCAACCUACGGUGACCUCAACCAUCUAGUCUCUGCCACCAUGAAUGGUGUCACCACCUGCCUUCGCUUUCCUGGCCAGCUUAAUGCUGACCUCCGGAAAUUGGCCAUAAACAUGGUCCCCUUCCCUCGACUCCACUUCUUCAUGCCUGGCUUUGCUCCCCUCACCAGCCGUGGGAGCCAGCAGUAUUGUGCCCUGACCGUGCCUGAGCUCACCCAGCAGGUCUUUGAUGCCAAGAACAUGAUGGCGGCUUGUGACCCUCGCCAUGGGCGAUAUCUCACUGUUGCUGCUGUUUUCCGUGGUCGGAUGUCCAUGAAGGAGGUGGAUGAACAAAUGCUCAAUGUACAAAUCAAAAACAGUAGCUACUUCGUCGAGUGGAUCCCCAACAAUGUCAAGACUGCUGUCUGUGAUAUCCCACCCCGUGGCCUCAAGAUGGCUGUCACCUUCAUUGGCAAUAGCACUGCCAUCCAGGAGCUCUUCAAGCGCAUCUCAGAGCAGUUCACUGCCAUGUUCCGCCGGAAGGCCUUCCUCCACUGGUACACAGGGGAGGGGAUGGACGAGAUGGAGUUCACUGAGGCUGAGAGCAACAUGAAUGAUCUCGUUUCUGAGUACCAGCAAUACCAGGAUGCCACUGCUGAAGAGGAGGAGGAUUUCGGUGAGGAGGCAGAGGAGGAAGCCUAAGGGAGAUAUCCUGCCAUCUCAGUCUUCUCAAUUCUUCCCAACAUUCUUUCCCCAUCACCCUUUUCCUCUAAAGUUUGCAUUUUCUGCCUCCAUCCUUUUUCUCUCCUUUGUGGGUGCUGAGCUCUCUGCCCUCUGAUCUUCCUUCCUUAUAUGACCUGUCCCCUCAGUAAUAUGCCCCUUUCUUCCCCACUCCCAAAUUCUCUCCAAGAAGCAGAAUGUCUCCAACCCAGAGCCUCAAUUUAGGGGACUUUGUGCCCACUAAGUGCCCUGAACUAAAAUGGUGACCAAGAGGAAAGGUCCAGAACU